AUGAACAUCGGCAUCAGUCCAAUGUUUGAUUUGGGCUUGGGCUCAAACUCUCUUGAUAAUAGCAUCACCCUGGGCCUUAAUUUACUCCCACCCGACCCAUCUAGUCGUGCCCUAAUUCACCUUCCAGUAGGAUCAAAUGGAGCACUAUAUAGCCCUAAAAACCCCCAAAAGGGCCAAAACCGCCAAACGAAAAAGCAAGAACUCAAAGAAAGGAGAAGGGUCUUCUUCGUCGUCGAAUUCAAUACCGUGGUACCGACGAAAGUAUGGCAACCAGGGUUAGACAAGCUUGAGGAUGGAGAAGAGCUUCAGUGUGACCCAUCUGCUUAUAAUUCUCUCCACGCCUUCAACAUUGGCUGGCCCUGCUUGAGCUUUGAUGUGGUGCGGGAUUCAUUGGGUUUGGUUCGGACGGAGUUUCCGCACACCGUUUUUUGCAUUGCAGGGACUCAGGCAGAAAAAGCUUCCUGGAACUCUAUUGGAAUAUUUAAGUUAUCUAACGUUUCGGGGAAAAGACGUGAACUAGUGCCAACUAAAACCACUGCUGAUGCUGAUGGCUCUGAUAUGGAGAGCGAUAGUAGUGAUAGUGAUGAAGAUGAUGAAGAGGAGGGAGUGUCUGGGGCUUCAGUUUUGAAGUUGCACAAGGUGUAUCAUGAAGGAUCCGUAAAUCGUAUACGCGCCAUGACACAAAACCCCCAUAUAUGUGCAUCAUGGGCAGAUACUGGUCAUGUGCAGGUAUGGGAUUUCAGCUCUCAUUUAAAUGCUUUGGCAGAAUCAGAGAACGAAGUUAGCCGAGGAGCUUCCACAGUUUCUAAUCAAGCUCCUUUAGUCAAGUUUGGUGGGCACAAAGAUGAAGGUUAUGCUAUAGAUUGGAGUCCUAUUGUCCCUGGAAGACUUGUGUCUGGGGACUGCAAGAAUUGUAUCCAUCUGUGGGAACCAACAUCUGGUGCAACAUGGAAUGUUGAAACUACUCCAUUCAUUGGGCAUUCUGCAAGUGUUGAAGAUUUACAAUGGAGCCCAACAGAGCCUUAUGUAUUUGCUUCUUGCUCUGUUGAUGGGAAUAUUGCAAUUUGGGAUACCCGCUUGGGGAAGUCUCCUGCGGCGUCUAUAAAGGCACACAAUGCAGAUGUUAAUGUUAUCUCAUGGAACAGGCUGGCAAGCUGUAUGCUGGCAUCUGGAAGUGACGAUGGGACAUUUUCUAUUCGUGAUCUUAGAUUGCUCAAGGAAGGAGACUCUGUAGUGGCACAUUUUGAGUACCACAAACACCCUAUUACAUCCAUUGAAUGGAGCCCACAUGAAGCCUCCACCUUGGCAGUUUCAUCAUCCGACAAUCAACUAACAAUAUGGGACCUUUCUUUGGAAAGAGACGAGGAAGAGGAGGCUGAGUUCAAAGCUAAAACAAGAGAACAAGUAAAUGCCCCUUCAGAUUUGCCGCCACAGCUUCUCUUUGUUCAUCAGGGUCAGAAAGACUUGAAAGAGCUUCACUGGCACUCACAGAUCCCCGGAAUGCUCAUAUCCACUGCUGCAGAUGGUUUUAACAUCCUGAUUCCUUCAAACGUCGAAAGUGCCCUCCCUACAGAUGAUGCUUGA